GGGAACCCGGGGUUUUUCGUAAUUUGGAACACAGACAAGGUUAUUUUGGUGGUAGGCCCUUCUAUAUUUCCCUGCCAGGCCUCGUGGCUCCCUGGCUAUCACUUCGUUUUGUACAUACGGUUGGUGAUUUCGAUCGGCUUUGUUAUCGCAAGAGAAGAGAAAGGACGGAGAAGAGAGAUCCAGAUUUUCAGCAAAUAAAGGAGGAGAGGGAGAUAAAAGGAGGCAGAAGAUAGGAGACAUGGGUUACUGGACGUCAAAAGUUCUUCCAAAGAUUAAGAAGGUGUUCGAGAAGAACGGCAAGAAGGCGGCUGCUGCGGAGGCUUGCAAGUCCUUUGAUGAGUCCAAGGAGGAGAUCAACAAGGAGUUUGAAGAGAAAAAAACCGAGCUCCAGCCCAAAGUAGUAGAGAUAUUUGAGGCUUCUUCCGCUGAGAUCAAGACUGUGGUGAAGGAGCGCAAAGAAGCUGCAGUGAAGAAGAACUCGACGGCAGUCACUAAAUUCCUUGAGGAAUUAGUGAAGAUUGAGUUCCCGGGCUCCAAGGUAGCAAGCGAGGCCGCCACCAAGUUCGGCCCGACCUACGUCACAGGUCCGAUCUUCUUCGUCUUCGAGAAGGUCUCCACCUUCGUCGUGACCGAACCGGCCCCAGCCCCCGCCGCGGAGCCCGCCCCGGAGAGCAGCUCCAAAGAGGAGGCACCGGCUGCGGUCGAAGAGGAGAAACAAGAGAUCGAAAAGGCGGAGGAGACCACCGCCCCUCCCCCUCCUCCCACCGAGGAGGCCACUCCCACCGCCCCGGCCGAGGCCCCGCCAGAACCAGCCAAGCCGGCAGAGGAGACGCCAAAGCCAUGAGAAUGGGUACUUUGCUCAUCCCCAGCUAGGUCACUCCACCUCCCAUGGACCCGUACAACUACGUACCUCCACCCCACGUUUUACAUGAUUUGUUAUUCUUUCUUUCCUCUAUUUACGCCCUCUCAACUCUCUUUCUUCCUUUUAUUUCUUCUCUGUAUCUAUGUUGGGUUUUUGUUUUCGUUGCUGUGACGAAGGGCAAGCUGUGUAGUUUUAUGAACUGCCGGGUGGUAUAUGUUUGGGAGGUUACUGGGUUAUUCUAUCAUGCUUGUUAAUCAUUAUCGUCAUCAUCAUUGUGUAGUGUAGUGUCUCAUAAAGAAUGGAAGAAAGGAAACAAAAGCUUCUGAGGGGAGGCUGUGCUUGUUUGGGUCCA